UCCCAGCGCAACUGGCGUAAACCCAGAGGCAUUGACAACAGAGUGCGUCGGCGCUUCAAGGGGCAGAUCCUGAUGCCCAACAUCGGCUAUGGCAGCAACAAGAAGACGAAGCACAUGCUGCCCACAGGCUUCAGGAAAUUCCUGGUGCACAACGUCAAAGAGCUGGAGGUGCUGAUGAUGAGCAACAAGUCCUACUGCGCAGAGAUCGCUCACAACGUGUCCUCCAAGAACAGGAAGGUGAUUGUGGAGAGAGCAGCACAACUUGCCAUCAAGAUCACCAACCCCAACGCCAGGCUGCGCAGUGAGGAGAACGAGUGAAGCAGCCACUGCAGCCCUCCUGUAUAUAAUAAAGUGUCA